GCUAGAGAUGCAGGGAGGUGUUAGGGAAGAUGCCACUGUUUCAAGAAUCCUUUCGUCCGCCUCGGAUGUGUCACAGGCCAUACCUACGGGGAAUAUUUUAGGGGAUUUCGUACUUCCGCCUUUACUUACCCACGACCUCUACCCUCCCGACAACCUGGAACCAGCCCUAUCCCCUGCUGACCCAAAAACGGCUGGUGAAUUGUUGCCGCCUCGGACUGAGCCAUCGCUCGUCUACUCUCCCACCUGCAGCAGCGCUGAUACGGUAUCUAGCUGGGCGGAUGAGGCCUUUAGCUCCCUUGACAGCAGCUUCGAUGACAUGUCGGACUACGGUUUUUCCAAAUAUCAAACCCAUAGUGACUCAGACUCCUGCGAGCUCGAAUCGCCGCCGGUAGCAAGCCCGGAGAGCCCACAGAUGCAGUCCCACCUUGGCGGGUUCCAGGGGUACAGUCUGUCAUCCGAGUACACGGCAUCCGAGGUUACGCUCACCAAGGUCAGCACAAGGCAGACGACAUGCACUAUCGUGGCAGCUGAGAGCCCCAUGAGGAGUGAGAGGCUCAGCGUUGGCCAAGGAGCUGAGCCGCUCGACCCAGAACUCAAGGACAUGGUUGAGCUGGUGACAGACUUUGGCUAUCUAGGAGGAGCACUAUUUUCUUUGUGUCGCGUCAUCUUUCCCUUUGUCGCUUUUCUUGCGAAGGCCACUAGAUCCUUGGCUCUUCUUCUUCUUCUUCUUUGGACUUGUUUUAGCGCGGCGUUCGGGUGGAUGGCUAUCUGUAUACCCCGUACACUAAGGGAGGAUCUUGUGUCGAAAGCAGCCUGGCGGAGGAGGACGGCGAAACACGCGGCAGGCUUGUGGCCGUGGUCGUGCGCGCUGGAGCUUGCGUAGCCAGCUGUACCCCAGAGAGGCGCUG